CAGAAAUCCAAGUACUUAAAGCGCAUUGGGUCGCUCUGUGCAUUGUUUCAUCUUCUCUUUCUUUCUUCCUUUCCCACUUUUCUUACUUUUCUUCGACUGUGUCGACGGCCCGCCCAUACUCCCGCACACUUUCAUUUCAAGCUAGUCUUUCAUCCUUAUCACAAUGAAGUUCGCCGCCACCGCUGCUCUCGUCGCCGUCGCUGUGUCUGUCGCAGCUCUCCCCGUCCGUCGUGGAGUCAACACCAGCUUGAUCGUCCCCUUCGGUAUCAACCCGGGAGCCAAGGACCCUGCUGGAUCCGCCUCUUGUGUCGGAAUCAACGGGAUCCUCAUUCCGUGUUCCUGCCCGCCCGAUCUCGCAUCCUUCACUGACUCCUUGAACGCCAACGUCGCCGCUGGCCACGCGAUCAACAACCCGGGCAUCGGCGCUGCCUUCCCUGAAGACGGCUCGAUCCAGUCCCAGAUCACGCGCCUGAACGCCCAGACAGUCACGCUCCAGAACCUGCACGGUCCCGGCGUGGGCUGCCCCCAGGCCGCGACCAACUGGGGCGGUGUCCUCCAGAAGCUCCAGGCCGGGAUCUCCGAGAACCUGGCCUCGCCUCCGCCGCCCCCGACCCCGGCUGCCCCGGCGCCGCCACCCCCUCCUCCCGCCGCCCCAGCAGCCGGGGGCGUCGACCCCGCGCUCGUGCCGCAGUUCGACGUGACGCCCGGGAUCAAGGACCCCGCAGGCUCCGCGUCGUGCGUGGGCAUCAACAACAUCCUCAUCCCGUGCUCGUGCCCGCCGUCGCGCGAGGAGUUCAUCGCGUCGCUGAGCGCGAACGUCGCCGCGGGGCACGCGGUGAACAACCCGGGCGUCGCGUCGCCGUUCCCGACGGACGGCUCGCCCCAGGCGGCCGUGACGCGCAUGCAGAGCGCGCUCGUCGCGCUGCAGAACCUGCACGGCCCCGGCGUCGGGUGCCCCGCCGUGUCGACGACGUUCUCCGCGCAGCUCUCGGCUCUCCAGGCGCGCGUCUGAGGGGACGGCAUGGUGGACUUGUGAUGACUAGCUUUUAUGUUUGAAUAAUACCGUACUUAUUGAUAAGUAUGGGCGCUCUUUGCAAUGAACUACCCUGGGAAGGAA